CGGCGGCGGCGCUCGGUGUCGUGCGCUCGGUGUCGUGCGCUCGGUGUCGGUCGGCGGCGGGGCAGGAUGACGGCGAACGGGACGGCGGAACCGGUGCAGAUCCAAUUCGGGCUGAUCAACUGCAGCAACCGGUACCUGACGGCGGAGGCGUUCGGGUUCAAGGUGAACGCCUCGGCUGCCAGCAUGAAGAAGAAGCAGAUCUGGACGCUGGAGCAGGACGGGGAGGACUCCAGCGCCGUCCUGCUCAAGAGCCACCUGGGCCGGUACCUGGCGGCCGACAAGGACGGGAAGGUGAGCUGCGACAGCGAGGAGCCGGGCCCCGACUGCCGGUUCCUGGUGCUGGCCCACGGCGACGGGCGGUGGUCGCUGCAGUCCGAGCCCCACCGCCGCUUCUUCGGCGGCACCGAGGACCGCCUGUCCUGCUUCGCCCCCGCCGUCUCUGCCGCCGAGAAAUGGAGCGUCCACCUGGCCAUGCACCCCCAGGCCAACCUCUACAGCCUGGCCCGCAAGCGCUACGCGCACCUGGGGCCCCGCCGCGACGAGCUGGCCGUGGACCGCGAUGUGCCGUGGGGCGUGGAUGCGCUCAUCACCCUCCUGUUCGUGGAUCAGCGCUACAGCCUGCAGAGCUGCGACCACCGCCUGCUCCGCAGCGACGGCCGCCUGGUCCCCGCCGCCGAGCCCGGCACCGCCUUCACGCUGGAAUUCCGCUGCGGAAAGGUGGCCUUUCGCGACGGGGAGGGUCGCUACCUGGCCCCCUCGGGGCCCAGCGGCACCCUCAAGGCGGGCAAGAGCGCCAAGGUGGGCAAGGACGAGCUCUUCGCGCUGGAGCAGAGCUGCCCGCAGGUCGUGCUGCGAGCCGGCAAUGAUAGGAAUGUCUCCACUCGGCAAGGGAUGGACCUUUCAGCCAACCAGGAUGAGGAGGGUGACCAGGAGACCUACCAGCUGGAGAUCAACAAGGACACCAAGAAAUGCGCCUUCCGCACCUACACCGGGAAGUACUGGACCCUCACCUCCAACGGGGGCAUCCAGUCCACGGCCUCCACAAAGAACGCGAGCUGCUACUUCGACAUCGAGUGGUGCGACAAACGCAUCACCCUGAAAGCUGCCAAUGGCAAAUACGUGACAGCAAAGAAGAACGGGCAGCUGGCAGCCUCCAUGGAGACAGCGGGAGAGACGGAGCAUUUCGUGAUGAAGCUGAUCAACAGGCCCAUCAUCGUCCUGCGCGGCGAGCACGGCUUCAUCGGCUGCCGCAAGGUCACCGGCACCCUGGACUCCAACCGCUCCUCCUACGACGUCUUCCAGCUGGAGUUCAAUGACGGCGCCUACAACAUCAAGGAUACCACUGGGAAGUACUGGAUGGUGGGGAACGAGUCGUCCGUCACCAGCAGCAGCGACACCCCCGUGGACUUCUUUUUUGAGUUCUGCGACUAUAACAAAGUGGCCAUCAAGAUCAAUGGCAAAUACCUGAAGGGCGACCACGCCGGGGUGCUCAAGGCAUCGGCCGACACCAUCGACGCCUCCACCCUCUGGGAAUAUUAAUGCACUUUAGGGUACCUCCCGUUGCCAACUUUUCUUUCCCUUCCUGUCCUCUCUUCCUUUGGGUUCUGUUUCUCCUCUCUGUAACAGGAUUUUCAGACUGGCUUGCCCUUCCCUCCUGCCAUAGAGUUGGUGCGUUGUGUGGGAGGUGGGUCUCCGUAAAUCCCUGUAAGAACUGGAACAUGGUGGGGCUGCCUGCCUAUAGCUUUGUAGAGGGGUCUGUCUCUAUCCCCCCAUCCCUGCCUCCCUCCAGGUUUGCUGGGCUUGGAAAUGGCUGUAUCCCCUCCUGGCCCUGAGCAUCACCUUAGGUAGUUUAUUUUCCUCUCCCCAACUAAAAAAAGGGAAUAAGAUCACCUCUGGGCUCGCUUCUGCCAUAUCAGCACUGGCACAGCUCAGACUGUGCUGCCAGUGUCCCCUGGAGCAUCCAUCCAUCCUGCCCUGCUCCAGUCAGGGGUGCAGUGAUGGUGCUGGGCUCAGCUGGCUCAGCUGGCUGGUCCCAGCAGCUUCUCUCCCCUCUGGACUGUGGGGCAGGUUCAUCCCCAGCUGAGCUGUAAGAGGUGACCUUACAUAUCACAGCAUCCCUGGGGAUGGGGCUGGUGUGUGCCAGCACUUCCCUGUGGAAGGGCCAGCAAGCUGCCCCUCCCCAAACACCUGGAAAUGAUUCUUUAGGGUGAUCCUGUCUGGAAAGCCUCAGCCUUUCAUCUCAUGGAGCCCCAUGCUCCUCCUGUCCCUCCACCCCUCCUUGUGCUUUUGGCUCUGGAGGAGCAUCCCAGACCCUGAUGGUGAGUCCAGCCUGCCCCCAGGCUGGUCCUGCUGCUGUGCCUGGAGGGGAGGGCGUGGGGGGACACCGAGCCAGCCCGUGCCAGGGUGGGGGCUCCACCCAGCCCACCUCCCGUGCCAGGGUGGGGGCUCCACCCAGCCCAUCUCCCGUGCCAGGGUGGGGGCUCCACCCAGCCCAUCUCCCGUGCCAGGGUGGGGGCUCCAUCCAGCCCAUCUCCCGUGGGCUUCGGUCCCGGCAGGAGCCGGGCUGGCCGACGGGAUCUCCCUGGGGCAUGGCUGGAAGCAUAAACUGCAGAUUUUGGUUUACAGAAUAGAAAAGUUCCUUAGCAAACUUUGCACAGUGAUAUUUGCUCAGUACCUUUGAUGUUGUUUUUUUCUCUCUCGUAAAAUACUGGAACAGUGAAGCGAAUCACUGAACACCUAAUGCUGAAUUAGGAAGCGCCCGCUCCCACGGGCACCCCGAGGGGGCAGCUCCUGCUCCCACCACCCCCAGGGCACCUGGGCUGGGCUCUCAUGAAUUGCAACCCUACUGGAAAAGGAAAAAAAGAAAAAAAAAGACCAAAACAGUAUUUUUGUUAGUCUCUAUUUAUAUAUGCUCUCCAUGGCACUGUGUGACCAGCUGUUGUCUGUACUAGGUCUGCAUUAGAGUUUUAACGCUGUCUGUAACGGGUGAUGCUGCGUGUUCCUUAGGGUGUUGAAAGGCACUUUAUCCUUUGGGGCCUUCCCAGGGCCGGUAUCUGCUCCCUACAAACACACCAAGGAGCCUUUUCCCGCGUGGGCCCCCUCUGCAGAGGGGCAGUGUUGGUGCCACCCCACGCCAAGGGUGCUCUCGGCAUCGCUGCCGUGCCAAACCAGGGCCGGUCCCCACUGCCGGAGCCAGGCAGGGGCUCGUCAGCCUUAAAGCCAUGAGGAGGGAGUCCCCUCCGCAGGAGCUCGGUGCUAAAUUCAGCUGGGAGAGCGAGCAGCUGGCCCCAGGCAGGGGACAGCUCUGGGCUGGGGUCCCUGGCGGGCGCAGGGGAUCCUGGCUGGCUCUACCUCGGCUCUGCGCUCACACCAGGGGCUGCCCGCGCCCCCGCGCUGCCCUCCAAGGACCGAGUGUCUCGCAGCCCUGUGUGACCCUGUGACUUGACACACACUCUGGCUGGCCUUCACCCCCUCCCCGUGUCACCUCCUCCCCGUCCCUGUCACAGUAAUUCCUGCUCUGGCUUCUCCCGUGUGACUCUAGGUCAAACAUCUCUCCUGUUUCCUCUUAUCGGGUGUCGUGACUCUCUGAAAACAUCUCACUCUGAAAAAUUUAAGUUUUGGGUUUGUUUUGGUUUUUUUUAUUAUUAUUAUUUUUUUUGUAAGUGCCAUUUGUAUAACUUAAAAAAGAAAAAUAGCUUCAAAUGGAGAAAGAUGAAUUAAAAAAUAAAACCUGCAUUCGGAUUCAA